AUGUCUCCACAAAGUAGUCAGUCUAUGCAAUAUAAAGCUAUUAAAAGCAUCUUUAAAAAACUUGAAAAUUUUUUAAAUAUUUCUCAAAGAAAUAUUGUAGCAAAAUUUAGUAUUUACGAAGCAACUCUAAAAUGUGCUAUUAAAAAUAAUAGUUCUUUAAAUUACCCAG